CCCAAAUACUACAGGAAGACCUUACACUAUGGGGAAUAAUCCACGAUGCCUGCCGGAAUCGCUCGUUCUCCCACAUCGCCGACCUCGAAAUAUUUCGGAUACCCCAAGCUAGGGACUUCCACAUGCUCUCGGCUGAAGACAAGAACAUCCUUCAUGAUUCAUUCUCCAGACCUUACGUCGGGAAGGCGGUGGACGGGUUUUACGAGUACCUGAAACACAACAACAACAAGUUCAAGGGACGUGGCGUCCAGAGGCCUUACUAUGCCAAGUUCUGUUCGAUCGUCCAAAGUUCUGGCACAGGGAAAUCGAGACUAUUGACCGAGCUCCGGAACAGGGGCGUCCUUGUGCUGUACAUGAACAUUCGUGAACCAAGCGAUACUGGCUUCCCGAUCCGAGACACGGUACCUGCGCGUAUAUUGACGGAAGAAAUGGACUGCACUCAAGCCGAAUAUACCGCUCGUUGUUGCGCACUCUUUACAGCCAUAUUCCAGGUGCUCCGGCAGGAACUUUUGGUGCGCUCUGGUAGUGGAAUCACAUCGUGGAAUGAUGACAUGUGCGAGAUGGGCUCGGAAGUUCGUAACGAGUUCUUUCAGAAAGUUCAAUCUCUAUAUGCGCAGACCCUUGGCAAGAUCAAACAAACAAAUCCCGAAAAAAUCGCCGAUGCGGAUCGCACUGUGCAAACAGUGGAGCAGACUGCCGUCAAGCUAGGCGGUGUGUACGGCGACCUGGAACAAUCACAGCAAACCAAUGGCGCUAGCAGCUCAGCAGCAGCUUCUCAAUCACGUCAAUCACCUGCAUCCAAAAAACGCAAGAUAUCAAACGAAAAAGCCGAGCUUCUGAAACGUAAAAAUGGCGUCCCAGCGCCGAAAUUACAAGGGGAAUCGUUUGUCAAGGAAGCUUAUGCAGAGAUGCUGACAGCUAUGCCAGGCAUGCUUACUGAGAAGGAUGAGGAUUACCCCAAACUCGUGAUUUCAGUUGACGAGGCCCACCCUCUGAGCAAAAUGAGUAGCAAGGGUUUUCGUCCAUCACAUAUUCUUGGGAGGGCGAUCAACUGCUACUCCAAGGGGACAGACAGAUCAAUCUGGGUCGUAUUUGCAUCCACGACUCCACAUGUGGUAGAUUUUCUAGCUCCUCAGGUGAUCCAUAAUUCCAUGCACGUAGCAGUAGGCGGCCACCUUUUAUUUCCACCUUAUACGCAUCUUGGUUGGGACCAGAAUGCAGACCGUCUGUCUGAUGUAUCGGCGAAUGACGUCGGAAAGUUUGAUCAUAUCGUCGGAUUCGGUCGUCCACUGUGGAAAUCGCUUGUGGAAAAACAUACUGUCGCUGAGAUUUUGGAAUUGGCUGCUCUGAAGCUCUGCAAAUCGAACUCAUUUAUCCCAUCGGAUACGAACCAGGCUCUCGCUGUCCUGUCUCAGCGAUUCGGUGUCGACAUCUGCUUUGGUCACCCCGAUGCCGUUUCUUAUGUUGAAAAAGGAGUGGCUAGCCACCUGCGGAUAUGCUUCUCGACGACCCAAGAUAGGUCAUGGGCCUUUACCGGUUAUCCAUCAGAGCCCCUUCUGUCUUGCGUUGCAGCGACUCUACUCCAUUCUGGGAACAACACUCUAGAGGAUGCUUUGGGUGUCUUGAACAAAAAGGUUAAUGAGGGGAUGGUCGAGAUAGGACAGAGCGGAGAGUUGGUCAGCAGACUUGUGCUGCUUCUUGCGAAAGAUAUGUACGUUCGCGACCAUCUCUCCGAAGGCACAAUACGGGAUCUACACUAUAACGGACGUGGGGAUGCGGAAUUGAUGGACUGCCAGAAGGUCUCCGUCGUCGAUUUCCUGCGAUACCUUUUUGGCGAGACAUUCUGGUUGUUGGCGGGUGAGGAGGCCAAGACAGCUUUUCGGCACGCCUACAUCAAUUUCUCGCAUUGGGUGUCCAUGACAGAGUUAAUCUCCCCCGGCCCUGGGCCGGGAGAUUCCAAGCAACCUACGUCCGAGAUGUCGAGUGCCGAGGAGUGGACUCUGCGACACUGGGUUCGCACGAGCGCGGUGCAAUGCUGCCAUCUGCAGCCGCUCGUCGACAAGAUGAUUCCUAUAUAUUUUGAUGAUCCCACCCUCAGCUCCGACGAUCUCAAACGCGUUUCUCAAAUUUUCAUUUCGGACAAAGCGGGGAAGAAUCUUAAUGCGCGAGAGCUGGCGGCCAUCACGCGCAAGCAUGAUUCGAUCAGAUGCUUAUCCACUCUGCCAUAUAUCGCUAUCCGUCUGGACUUCAAUGUGGAGCCACAGCUCAAAGUCACAUUUCCAGAGAGAGACCCAAACGAUGCCGAAACGGGCCGAUCUUUGCGGAUCUACGCUUCUGGACUGGAAGAGACCACAUUUCCAUUCUUAACACCUAACGCAAUCGUUGCAUCAAAGCUACGAGGGCUUAUCUCUCGGGAGGAGGAAGCACCAACGCAGACGAAUCUCGACGCCCUCGUCGAAUUUGGGAGUACUGCCAAGUUGCGCAACCUGCAGUGGGAAACACAAGACUGAGGUAUAUGGUAAUUCAAUACAAUUCGAGCCUUGAUCUUGAUCGUAGUGAAAAGCAAUGUAGUGUGAUUGCGCAUAUGUUUCUAUGUAAUAUAUAUGUCGACUAGCUGGGUAUUAACAUAGUUACCAGACCCCGU